UUUUUAGACACAUCUGUUGAAUGAUUUUGUUGUAAUGACAGGAUCUUUAUAAAGAUUCCGCGGGAAUUCUCGAGGGAUGCAGAUUGGUCGUUUUGGCGGGAGAGGUUUUUCUAUGUUUCCAUGAAAGCCUAGCAAGCAGCAGCCAUGUCAUGCUUCUGCAUUCGUCUGCAGAAGGACAUCGUCAAGACCUUAGACUUCAGACAUUGCAGUCUAGCCUUCAUACCUGAAGAGGUUUAUGAGUAUGAGGAAACGCUGGAGGAAUUGUGUCUGGACUCCAACAACAUCAAAGAUCUACCAAGGUCGCUGUUUCACUGUGAGUUCCUGAAGAAGCUUAGCAUCUGUGACAAUGACCUGUGUGCCAUACCAAGUGCUGUGGCAACUCUUGUCAACUUGGAACAACUUGACAUCAGUAAAAAUGGUAUUGUUGAGUUACCAGACAGCAUUAAAUGCUGCAAGAACCUCAGCAUGGUUGAAAUCAGCGUCAACCCACUGGGAAAGCUACCAGAAGGGUUCACUCAGCUCGUCAACCUUACCCAGCUAUAUCUGAAUGACACCCUUCUGAAUUAUCUACCAGCAAACUUUGGCCGGCUAGUCAAGCUGACUGUCCUAGAACUGAGAGAGAACAGACUCAAGGCAUUACCAAAGUCCAUGGCCAGGCUGACCGAGUUAGAGAGAUUGGAUCUUGGGAUGAAUGAAUUCAGAAAGGUGCCUGAAGUGAUCGGGUUCUUCACUAAACUGACAGAGCUAUGGCUCGAUUCAAACAAGCUGACUUGCAUUCCUCCGAUCAUUGGCCACUUGAAGGAGCUGAGUUACUUGGAUGCAUCGUGUAAUCGUAUUGAGAGUUUACCAUCAGAGAUAGACAGUUUAGACAGCCUGACUGACUUACAUCUAUCCAAGAACUACCUGCAGGAACUUCCUAAUACCAUUGGACAACUGAGCACCUUACAGAACCUGAAGCUAGACUACAAUCAGAUCUCAUUCCUGCCAUACUCCAUCGGUGGUCUGGUCUCAUUAGAGGAACUCAUACUCACCUAUAAUGAUCUAGAGGAGCUACCUCCGAGUAUUGGACUUCUGAGGAAACUCACUCAUCUCAAUGUUGAUGAGAACAUGCUGCUUGAGUUACCGUCGGAGCUUGGAAGCUGUAGCACCAUCAGCCUUCUGUCCCUUCACAGCAACCUCCUGAUGACCCUACCAGAUGAGAUUGGUCACAUUAGCAACCUCUCUGUCGUCAAUCUUUGCAACAAUCAGCUACGGUAUCUUCCUUACAAGUUCACCAAACUCAAGAAGCUUCAGGCACUCUGGCUGUCAGAAAACCAGUCUAAGCCCUUGAUUCCUCUCCAGUCUGAGAUGAGAGAAGACCUCGGUAAGAGGGUACUGACCUGCUUCCUGUUUCCACAGCAACACAAAGAUCCCGAUGAAGUUGUCUAUCAGAGUGAUGGAGAGAGUUUCCAUGCUUCUAUCUGGGAGGAACAGAGACUGAGUCGCAGGCAGAUCGCUUUUGAUGUGUCCGAGUCUGAUUCUGAGCACAAGAAGAAAAGAACACCUACCCCCUACCCCAAGGAAGGCGUCAAAAGGAAGAUCCUUGCCACAUCUCGUGGGGGUAGCGGCAAGGCCAGUAGAUCACGUAGUCAAGCAAGCAACAUUCUCCCUAAUUAUCCAUCUGUAGAUACUUCACAGAGACAUAGUCAACCAGGGAGUCCAAGAGACAGCAAGUCUCGACGGCCUCGAUCCCCCGGCUCUCCUAUAGCAGACAGCUUACACUUGUUCCAAGCAGACAAGGAGAAGAUGGCUAAGGAUAAAGCUCGUCUGCGAGGGAGUAUGUCAUCCGUCAGUCGUCAUGACAGUGACACUGAGUCUGUAGCAUCCUCUACAAAGGAGAGAGUUGUUGGCCGAAGAGAAAUGAGGGCCAGAAUGGACCGAGCAGCAAUGAGUGACGCAGAAGCAUUGAUACAGAGCCCAGUCUGGAGCCACACUGGAGGAAUAAACACAAACAAACAACGGACUGUACAGAAUCAUGUUACAAAGUCACCUGGCCCUGUUAACAAGAAUCACAGCCGAGGGUAUGAGUCCGAUCAAGUUGACAAUUCCCGGACACCUAUCCGAUCCCCGAAAGUGCCUCAGAUGCAAGUACGUCACAGUCAGGCACCACGGAGCAGUAGCGUAGGAUACAGCCGAGGCUACGAGUCAGAUCAAGUUUGUACAAACCGGUCACCACUUGAUGCAUACGUACAAACACGAACCAAAACAGAUUUGGAAAAGAACCGUAACUGCAAUGCAGCGAGUACCAGCAUGGAUGGGCGCCAGUCAUGGCGGUUGUCACAUCAGCGUAGUUCUGGUUAUGGUACUGACCCUGAACAUGGGUACACAAUGUCACCCUCGGAGGAUCGACAAUCAAGAAUGGCUAAUGUAAAACAGAAACGAGAUGAAAUGUUGCCUCCUCCAUACUACAGAGUGCGUCAACUGAGGAUGGGUGCUCAGUCCAGGUCUGUGCCACGUAAACACCCUUUCAAAGAUCAACCACAAAGUUUGAAAGAUUAUGGCUGGAUUGAUAGUCAGUUGCCUUCCACACCAGAGACUGAGGCUGUAUCUGCUAGACCUCAGACAAACCAUGAUCCAAACACAGAGUUCAGAUCCAAAUCAUCAAGUAGGAACCCUCCGUUCAGGACACCACCAAUGAGAAACAGGAGUCAUCCAUCUGCUUACUCGGAUACAGAACUGACAUCGGGUCCAAGAAGAGACCAACCAAAGUAUGUAGAGCCAUAUCAAAGAGAGUCUGACAGACAUCGCAACAGCAAGGAACAAGUCACUCAGCAUGCCGAGUCUGGGUACCAACUAAGAAGAGAGAAAAGUUUCCAAAGUAAUGACAGAGUAUCGCAAGUUAAUAAGGACCAGCAAAAUGCCCAAAGUGAUGGGGAGAACAGGCAAAGAGAUGACAGACUACUCCAUGAGGGUAGACAGAGGAACUCCCCUGUGUUUGAUCACAGUAAACACCUUCCUACUUCCCAAGCACCAUACUCUGAUUCCAACCAACAAUCCUCCAGGUCAGUAGACUUCACAUCAACCAGUAACAUGAGGCCGUCGAGUCAGCAACAUCAGAAACUAACAGACCCUCGGAAUAGACCUCUCCCUGAACAGAAAAACUGGCAGACACUGGUGACAGAAGAUGGCAACCAAGACUAUGUCAACUCACAUGAAGACAGACAACAACCAUCAUCAGUACAUCUCAAUGCAAGAGGAAGCCACAGCCUGCCUAGAGAUGUGGCUGGUCACCCGCAACAACCUAGUGAUGCGUCCACCCGUGAUGCCGGUAACCAGCCGAAAUCAUCCUCUCUACCAAGAUCAGAGGUUAAAGGUUACAAGGCUGUAGUGGAUGGCAUCAGAAGAGACAGGGAUCAUGACACCUUGACUGAUCGUCACACAAAUACUAGAAGAAGUGAAAUGAAGAUGAGACUGGAUGGAGGAGCACCCAACUAUGCAUCAGAGCCAGAACUCAGACAGUCUUACCAACCACAGCAUCCCACAGGAACGCCCAUGGCUCAGCCCAGUUAUAGACCUACUGGACACCCCAGGGAUAGGACGCUGGAACGAAGACAGUCACACAGUCCAGUCUUUGAGAACCGAGAUCAGGGUCCUUCAGGUGAAACUUUCAGGUUCCCUUAUGGUUUAACCUCAUCUACACCUAGUGUAGAUGGUGGUUCUAGACCACAGAGCCCCACAGGCUCAAGACCUCAUAGUCCAAUCAACACCGUCCAUCGUAGAAGUAGACCUGGCUCCCCAACGGACUUAUCUCAAUCUAAGCAACCAAACCACUUCUCUGAAAAUGAAUCAUUCAAUCCUACAAACCGGCACAGAGACUUCAGAAAUGGUCAUCUUGACAAGCUCAACAAGCUCCCACAGCGCCCACUUGCAAGGCAGUACAACAGUGACUAUGCCUCAGAUAAACCCAACUAUAACCGCAGGGGCUCAGAUUCUUUCAUGGCACAACAGUCAAAGGUUGGCCAGCCAAGCAAUGCCCCUAUGUCCUACCACAGCCGAUUGAGAGACAGUCUGCGUGGGGCACUACCUACUCCUAUAGUGGGUACUAACCAGCAUCAGACUAUGCACAAUAUCUAUACUCCUGAGCUGAACCCACGGUCCAUGCAGUACCAGGGUCUAUCUAGUCAGUCAUCUAGUGUACCCGGCCCAGAUCUAUGGCCUCAGGAUUCCUCAGGAUAUGCCAGCGACCAGAAUGAUUUGGGAUGGAAGAGAGCCUCUUCCAGCACGCCUACAUCCUCUGUCUUUCAAGGUCCAUCCUCUCCACCAUUGUGGAGACCAGGCUUUGAUAUCACUCCACCCAAUCACCGAUCCAGACAUCCCUCAUCAGAUCCUCAAGACCAGCCCCCGCCGGCUAAAAGGAUUCCUGUGGUCAUCUACAAGAACCCAGGCCUUGGUUUCAGCAUCACUGGAGGUAAAGAUGCCCCUGGCAACCCCUUCCAACCAUUUGACUGGGGCAUUUUUGUGACCAAGAUUCAGCCUGGUGGACCUGCCGAUGGUGUGCUGAAGCCUGGGGACAAACUCCUGGAGGUCAACGGUCGAAGCUUUGACAGUAUCCUACAUGAUGAUGCGGUCAAAUUGCUACGCAAAAGCAACCCAGUGUCUAUAGUGGUUCAUCGGACCAGUGCUGACAACUGAUGAGUAGAGAUUUAUCACUUGCAUUCAAACUAUUACACUGGUAGUAAGAUGGUUGGUAGAUACAUGCAUGGACAUGACUUUGUAAUAGUAGAAGUUUUCUUUAAGAAACAAUACCUUUACUAGUACCUUAAGGUUUGACAGACAGUACAAGUUAGCCUAUACAGACAUAGACAGCGUCAGGGGUAGUGUGGGCUUACUCAGGAGAGACAAUUAGAGCCACUUUAUUUGCACAGACGAAUUGUCGUGCAUUGUAGCCAAGCUGCAUGCACAUGGAGCACAGUACUUGCUUCCAAAUGUGCAUCUAUACAUGGCCAACAUUUGGCAUUUUUCAUUUCUUUUGAACAUUGAAAGCCUACAAAUGCUUCCAGAACCACAGACAAAGCUGUUUUUUUCUGGUUUGAAAGAGGUAAAACCAACCAGCCGUACUUUUAUAAAAUCUUGACUUUUGUAAACAUAGUGUAUUUCCAAACAAAACAACAACAAAACAGCUUAUCAAACAGUGCUGAAUGUAAAGCUGAAAUGAACUCUAUUUUGUAUUAAUUAUCAAUUUGGUUAUGAAAUAUCUUGAUUUGUUUAUUAAAUAUAAAAUAAAAAAAAUUUGAAUUUAAAAGUUGAUAUGCACUCAUUCGAAAACCACUGUUUUUUUUUAAUCAGGAUUCUACAGUUACACUUUGAUUGAUGCUAGACAGUAUUCAAGCUUCUCUACAGUCUUCUUAAACAAUAGUUCAACUGGUUUUGACAUUUAAGUACUAUUUUUGUUCCUACAGAAGAAAUCACCGUGAAAGAAAAAAAAAAGUAUGUAUUAUGUAGAAUCUUUGAAAAAGUUGGUAUUUUUGCCGUAUCAUAAAUUAAUAUGUGCACAGAGCAGGGAUAAAUCCUGGAUUUGAGAAACGGGAGCUGCCACAACUAGUAAACUAUAUUUUUUUUUAGAUUAUAAAAAAAAGGGCCUUAAUUUUGAAUGCAUAACGGUGCUGCCUAGAUGUACAACACAAAAACAAAUAUUCAGGACACUUUAACUUUUGUGAAAAGGUAAAAGAAGUGAACCAAAAUGGGAGUCAGGACCCAAGCGACAUCCCCCCCCCCCCCCCCCCCCCCGUAGAAUAUUUAAGAAUUAAACACAAAGAGGACAUAUUUUGUAUGUCAUGAUUCAUGUUAAACAGUUAACAGUUUACUUGACCCUAACAAUCUUCAUAACAUCCAAUUAAAAUGAAAGGGUUUCUUCUCCAAUUUGAAAUUUUAAGAACAAAUAGUUUUGCAGAUUUCUAUAAAAAAAGGACAACUUUUCCCCUUUCCUGAAUCUAAUUUCUACAUGGUGCCUAACAAAAGAGUCAUAAUGUAUUCACAACUAACUGUAAUAAAAGUGUUGCUAAUACAUGUAUUCCAUCCGAUCAAAUAUUGAGGAUAUGCUGCAUGAUAUUGCAAUGAGGCUAAUUUAAGAUUUUUUAUCACAGAGAGAAUACUUUUAUAAACAAACAAACAAACAAAAAGAGUCCAAACUGCCAAACCUCUUUUUAACCUCAAGUCCUGUGCCAGAGGCUGACAUUAUGGUUGGUAAUGCAACAUUUUUGACUGUUGACUGUGUUUGUUUGCACAUAUUCUAUACCGUAAGUGCAUCUGACCCUGGGCUUUACAAAUGAUAUAUUGUCCAACUCAAGAAUUUCUAGAAAUGUAUUCAAAUAAGGAUCAGUUAGUCAUGUAACAUACAUGUAUUUAAAAGAACAGUUCUGAUUUUGUUUAGGAGUUACAUUUUUAUAGUUGGUCAUUCAAGAUGUUAUGAUCUAUGCAAACUUUUAUACUAGCUUUUGUGCACUCUUUUCUUUCCGAGUAGCCGCAAAUGAGUAGCUGUAACUUUGGGAAAGGGUGUGGCUGAAACGACCAAGACAGGUAAAUCCAUUUGUUUCCAUUUUAUCACACAAUUAGCUGUCCUUUGCAUGCAUGUGCCUAGUGUGCUAUAAGUAAUGGAAGAUUGUCAAUGUAACCAAUUAAGAAUGAACCGUUUUUGCUAUGUGGCUUCAGGUUGUAUUUGGAUGUAAAUUGUCAUUAUUACUUUGUGUAUUAGUUUCAGAGCAAGAUAUCAGUAUACAUUGCCAUGUACAUGUACAAGAGGCUUUUGACAUAAUACUGUGUGGCCGUGUAAUAUAUGUAUCAACUUUUUUUUACUGAAUCGAGUCGGAUGCAAAAACAAAGACUAAACAAAAAAAAAUGAGAAGAGAGUUUGGGCAACAUGGCAUCUUAUAUUAACUGGUAACGAGGUCACUAGUGUACAUCUAUGAACCCAGGGGUCUGUGAGUGACCAGAAAAGGCACCUCACAGGACACUCAUAGGCUGGAGGCAUAGUGAGUUGGCAUGCACUAGUCACCUAAUCAUGCCUGUGAAUAUGUGCUUUAUAACACCCAUUUUUUGUGUGUUAUGACAAAUAAGCCUCGAUGACUUGCAUUGGAUGCUGUAUCCAAUCAAAAUUGAAUACAGUGCCUGAACAGGCACUAUACAUGUACUUUAAAAAAAAAAUGCAAAUAAGGGGAAAUCAAUGCACAGGCUAGAUCAUGCUUGAUGCACAUUUUACAUGUAUGUACUAGACUAUAUUAGUGAACACCACCGAACACCCAUACUGGAAUUUGUAUCCCUGUGGAGUCAUUUCUUUGUUCUCUUACAUAAAAUAUUUCAAUUUGCGACGGAUCAACACACCUUGGAAAUGCCUAGCUUUUGAGUAAAAUCCAUAUACCGGGGUAUCUAUUUCAUGAUAAUCUUGUGGAGACGUAUUCACCUAUAGAAAUUGCUCUGUGGAGACGUAUACAAUCUUCUGUUCCCUAUUGUGCACAUGUCUCCACAGGGUACCGUGUACCAGAUCUGUGUUUUAGCCAACCAUGAUAAAAGAAUCAAGAGAUGUGUUUAUAAAUGUGUUUAUGGCUUCAGAUUAAGCACCUCCUUAACAAAGACAC